AUGUUGAGGACACUAUUAAUGGCACUGCUUGCUGUUAUCGUUGCCGGAUAUAUCGUCGAUGGUCGAUUCUUGGACGAUCCUUACUUCUUGACGUCUCGAACCUACCCUGACGAGCCGUUACAGAUGAUUCCGAUGGGAGUCCCACGGAGAGCAAUUAGGCAAGUUAUGGAAAAUCAACCACUUCCGUGCCGUUUCAAACUGUGCGUCAGCUACUAUUAG